AUGGCCAUAGAGAGCUUCGGAGAAGCCAUUGCAGCGCCGCCUGUGGUAGGCGAGCCUAUUGCUGUCCCUACGAUCAAGCCGAGGGCAUAUCAGCAAGAGAUGCUUGCUGAGAGUUUGCGUCAAAACACGAUUGUUGCCAUGGAAACGGGAAGUGGGAAGACACAGAUUGCCGUUCUCCGAAUACAAGAAGAACUAUCGAGAUGUUCGCCGGAAAAGUUGGUGUGGUUCCUAACACCCACAGUCGCUCUAGCCGAACAGCAAUAUGCAGUCAUAUCCAAGCAGAUACCCCUCUACCAAAGCAGACUAUUACUCGGAAGCGACAAUGUGGACCAUUGGAGUACGCAACACAUCUGGGACGAGAUCCUUUUGAAUAUCCGUAUUGUUGUCUCAACGCCACAGGUGUUGCUGGAUGCGAUGUCUCAUGGAUUUGUGAAGCUUUCGGGGUUGUCGCUGUUGGUUUUUGAUGAGGCCCAUAGAUGUGUCAAAGCUAACCCUUUCAAUGGCAUAAUGCGUUUGUAUCAUCAUGCCCGAAAAUCGGGAGCAGAUGAACUCCCAGCCAUUUUGGGCCUGACUGCGACGCCGGCUACAAAGGCUACUGCUGAGGCAGUCAAGAUAUUGGAAGACAAUCUCCAUGCAAUCUGUCGAACGCCGGUUGUUCAACGGGAGGAGCUUCUGAAAUAUACACAUAAACCAGCGUUGUUGGUUGUCACAUACUCGAGACACUUGGAUGAAACUACCAAGAUAUUGAAAGAUCUCGAUGUCAUACUUGAUCUAACUCUCAUUGACAUUGAGAACGACCCUUAUGUCAAGUCCCUGCGCGCUAAAAAGGACGAUGAGAAGAGCAAAGGAAUACUUCUCAAAAUUUUGGAUAGCGGCAAGACAUUUACAAGGAAAGAAAUCCUUUCGCUUGCGCAACGGACGCGAGUCAUCGACGAGGAACUCGGUCCCUGGGCCGCAGAGGUCUUUGUGGGAACAUGUGCGGAGAAAUUCAUUGAAGCCUCUGUGAAAAGAUCCGACAACAACAUAUUCCGUCAGUGGGAAGACGCUGAAAAGAUCUAUAUGAUGCGAUUUCUCUCCAUGCUGCCGGCUAUUGCAGAAAAUAGAGUCUGGGGGAGUUCUCCCGAUCAAAUAAGUCAAAAAGUGGAAGCGCUUAUUACUACUAUUGCAAGCAAGUACAACCCAGGGGAUCGUGUUAUUGUCUUUGUCGAACAACGCGCCACGGUUAUCAUGUUGGCUCAUCUCUUGAGCGUGCACCCGCUUACAAAAGAGAUUGUUACGAAGUACUUUCUCGGAAACUCCAAUUAUGCAAACCGGAAAUCGGCCAUUACAGAGCUUUCGACUUUAUCGGAUCAAAGGGACGUUUUGGCCGAACUGCGAGUUGGUAAAACUAAUAUUUUGAUUGCAACAAACGUUCUUGAGGAAGGCAUUGACGUGCCUGCCUGCAAUAUGGUUAUUUGCUUUGAUCCACCAAAGGACCUGCGCUCGUUCAUUCAGAGGAGAGGCAGGGCUCGUGAUAGACUGUCUAGACUUGUCUUGUUUAUGGAUAAGAAUGAUGAUGAUGGUCUUGCCAAAUGGGCAGCUAUGGAGCAUCAACUCAAGGAAAUCUACGCUGAUAAUAUGCGAGAGCUUGAAGAGAUCAAGGCUCUUGAAGAUAUUGAAGAAGAAAGCGCGGAAAUCUUCAAGAUUCCUUCGACCGAGGCUGUUCUGAGCCACCAAAACGCGCAGCCAUUCCUUGCUCACUUUUGCGCCACAGGUUCAAGCGCUUAUACUAGCAAUCAACCCGAAUAUAUCAUCGACCGACAGGAAUUCGCGCCUGGUCUCGCACAAAUUGCUGCCAAGGUCGUUCUUCCCAGUUAUAUAGAUCCAUCCUUGCGUGUUGCCUUUUCAAAGUCAAAAUGGCAGACCGAGAAAGCAGCUAAACGAGACGCCGCUUUCCAAGCAUACGUAGCUCUAUAUAGAGCCGGAAUGGUUGACGAUAAUCUCACGCCCCUUCACCGGAGGAAGUAUGCAGACUCCACUACUACCCCGCAGGAAAAGCAGGCAAAGCUCAUUCAAGUAUCUGAGUGUUGGAGCCCGUGGCAUGAUAUAGCUCAGCUACGGAGAGAUGAUUUGCCUCUAAUUCCGACAAGGGUGCAUUUUGACCAGCCGAAUCCGUUGGGUGUACCUGAUAUGAUGUUGCUGUUACCGAGCCGGAUUCCUUGUGGCUGGGAAUUUGAGAUUUUCUGGAAUCAGGAUGUUACAUUAAAGGCCAGGAUAAGUAAUGAGCGAGAUACGAAGUUGGAUUGCGACUCAAUACAAGCGGCGCAUUUCAGUCAUGAACUGUUCUUGACUGCAUAUCAGAACCGCAUGACAUCGCUUGAGACCGAUUUUCUGACACUGUUCUGGCCCAUGCAGGCUACCCAAUUGCCUAUAGAGGAGUUUCUUUCCUCUAUCAAAGGAAAAAUUGGUCCUUUGAGUGGUUCGGUAGAGCAGUUGACGAUGGAACAGAUGCAAAAUCUUGGAAUGGCACGCACCAAUGAACGAUAUUCACGACCAUUCAUCAUCGAAAAGAUCAUCGAAACAACGUCAACUGACGCCGUUAUGGAGGAUGCGGAUACCCCGAAUGAUACCAUAGAGCCCAUCAAACCUGAACCGCAUUUUCAGGGGCCAACCCUACCAAAAAGAACCGAUUUUUUGCAUCCAAUCCCUCAGUAUGAACUACUACCACUAGCCCAUACAGCGCAACAACUCGAGCCCAUACGUAUUUGUCACAUCGAUCGAAUGCCUGCCAAAUUCGCCAAAUUCGCACUGUUCAUUCCUUCAAUUACGCACAAAAUCGAAGUUCUCUUUAUAGCAGAGAGGCUUGCAAGGACAGUUCUUUCUAGAGUGGGCUUCUCGAAUUUGGCGCAUGUGCUUACUGCCAUCAGCGCAUCUAGUGCACAUGAAGAGAAUGAUUACCAGCGCUAUGAGUUUUUGGGGGACAGUUUGCUGAAACUGAUUACGUCGAUUCAUUUGGUUGUAAACAACCCACUGUGGCAUGAAGGAAUGCUGUCCGCUGCAAAGGAUACGAUUGUAUCCAAUGGCCGGCUAUAUCGAACGGCACUAAACCUGGGAUUGGAUCGGUUCAUCUUGACAAAGUCCUUUACGGGACGUAAAUGGCGGCCUAGUUACGUCUCACAAUUCGAGACUGUCGGCGAAGAGAAGCGUGAACUUUCCACCAAGACUUUGGCUGAUGUCGUCGAAUCUCUAUUGGGCGCAGCAUUCCUUGACGGAGGAUACGAGAAACUAGAAGCAUGCGCCAAAAUCGUCUUGCCGGAAAGAGCGUGGAGUUCUAUCGGCGACGAUGUGCGCACAUUGUACGAAGCAGCCCUAGACUCUGACCAGGCUGCGAUGCACCCUAAAUUGGGCCAAAUGGAGGAAAUGUUGGGUUACAAAUUCAACAAACCAAGCAUCCUGUUUGAAGCAUUGACGCACCCUAGUUCCAAUGACGGCGCGCCGACUUACCAGCGCCUAGAAUUCUUAGGCGAUUCCUUGCUAGACCACUUCGUCGUCCAAGAAUUCUUCAACCACCCCGAGAAACUAUCCCACCAAGAAAUGCACCUGAUGCGAACAGCAGUUGUAAACGCGCACUUCCUGGGCUUCCUCUGCCAAAGCCUCUACAUCACCGAACAACGCACAGAACCUGUCUCCCCCGGCAAAGCACACCUCUCCACAAUCUCAACGGACCACAAACUGUAUUUGUGGCAACUAAUGCGCCACGGCGCCUCCUGGGAGGUAAUGAACGCGCAACAAGAAACCAAAACGCGCUACGAGGCCUGGGGCUCCGCCGUACACGACGCCCUGAAUCAUUCAAAGACAUACCCCUGGGCGGCCCUUUUCCGGAUCAACGCCAGCAAAUUCUUCUCGGAUAUGGUUGAGAGUAUCCUCGGCGCAAUAUUUGUUGAUUCCAGGGGCUCGAUGGAUGUCAGUCGCCAGUUCCUGGAGAGGAUCGGCGUACUUCCGUGUUUGAGGCGGAUUAUUAGGGAGAAAGUGGACUGUUUGCAUCCGUUCAACCAUGUGCGUGAGGCUGCUAAAUCGAAGAAGGUUGAGAUUUCUUCAAGCGCUGAGAAGAAGGCGGUUAUACCGGAAUCGGAAGGUGCAGCAACCAACCCAGGUGCGGAGGGUGGGUUGGUGUAUAUAGGUACUGUACAAGUGGCGGGGGAAGAGAUUGUUCGUGUGGAGGAUGGGGUUAAUAAACUUGAAGUUGAGACGAGGGCGGCGGCGAUAGCAGCGGAGAUUUUGAGGGCGAGGAUGGCGUCGUCUCAAGUAGGAUUCUGA